AUGUCGAGCUUCAAGAAAAGAAAGCUGGACGGCAACACGGCACGGACAGAUGCUGGCCAAUUGAAUGGCCGGUCAAACAAGAGCCAGAAAUUGAGCCAGAAGAAGAGUGCUCCAAAACGUGCGCCCGAGCCAGAGCCAGAGUCGAGCGAUAAGGAAGAGGAGGAAGACGAUGAAGACGUCGAAGACGUCGAAGACGAGGGCCAUGCAACGGAUGCUGGGCCCAUAGAGACGACUACAGCACAAGCAGAUGUUGCCAAAAAGACCUUUGCCGACCUCGGUGUCCGAGAAGAACUGUGCGACGCCUGCGAGAACCUCAAAUUCACAACACCUACACCCAUCCAAACGCAGGCCAUUCCUCUGGCGCUCGAAGGACGCGAUGUGAUUGGGCUUGCAGAAACAGGAUCUGGAAAAACAGCAGCAUUCGUCCUGCCUAUCCUACAGGCGCUGCUGGACAAGCCACAGGCACUCUUUGGCUUGAUUCUUGCGCCCACGCGAGAACUGGCUUACCAGAUUGCACAGCAAGUGGACGCACUGGGCAGCAUAAUCAACGUCAAGUGUGCGACGCUUGUUGGAGGCAUGGACAUGGUUCCCCAGGCUAUUGCGUUGUCAAAGAGACCACAUAUCGUUGUGGCGACGCCAGGUCGGCUGCUCGAUCACCUCGAAAACACAAAAGGCUUUUCCUUGAAGCACCUGAAAUACAUGGUCCUCGAUGAAGCUGAUCGUCUUCUCGAUCUCGAUUUCGGACCCGUUCUCGACAAGAUCCUACGCGUGCUCCCCAGAGAUGGGCGCCACACCUACCUCUUCUCUGCAACCAUGUCAUCCAAGGUUGAGAGUCUGCAACGCGCCGCCCUGCAGAACCCAGUUCGCGUAUCCAUUUCCAGCUCCUCACAUCAAGUCGUGUCCACGCUCCUACAACGCUACCUCUUCAUCCCACACAAGCAUAAGGAUCUCUACCUCAUCCAUCUUCUUACUGACAACAUCGGUCACCCUACCAUUAUCUUCACCCGCACAGUGAACGAAACAGAGCGAAUCGCCAUUCUCCUCCGCGCUCUUGGCUUUGGUGCCAUUCCGCUGCAUGGUCAACUGUCACAAUCUGCACGUCUAGGUGCACUCAACAAAUUCAAAACUAAAUCUCGUGACAUUCUCGUUGCCACCGAUGUCGCCUCUCGAGGUCUCGACAUCCCUGCUGUCGACCUCGUCGUUAACCUCGAUCUCCCAAGUGACUCGCAAACCUAUGUGCACCGUGUGGGUCGAACAGCCCGAGCUGGCAAGUCAGGAAAGGCAUUCUCCUUCGUCACGCAGUAUGAUGUAGAGAUUUGGCUGCGAAUUGAGCAUGCGCUGGGAAAGAAGAUUGAGGAAGAGGUGGUGGACAAGGAUGAGGCGCUUCAGUACAUGGAAAGUGUCAGUGAAGCACAGAGAGUGGCCAUCAGGGAGAUGAAGGAUAUUCAUGAGAAGAGGGGCAAAGCUGGUCGAGGCGGAAGGGGGGGCGCAAGAGGUGGAGGCAGGGGUGGGAGGAGAGGGCGCGACCAGAUGGAUCGGGAGGAGGGCUGA